GUGAGCUGUUUUGAGGGGAGGGGGGUAGAAACCGGGUUCGGGUUUCGGUUUUUGGGGGAAGGAAAGGGGAAGUAAAUAAUUCAUAUGUCUCGUAUAUCUGACAGAGUGCGACAGGGACCGACAGCUAACGAGCUAACGUCUGUACGGGGAGAAUUUCGACCGGGAAAACAAAGCCUUCUUGAAGUUUUCAGCGGCUCCUGCUCACCAGUCCUGCCUUUGUUGACUGUCUGCUCGGCUCACAGCCUCUUGUCUUUUUCAAAGUAGUGAGUAAUGGACGUUUGGAUUGACAUGGGCUACUUGGGAUUCACGUAGGAAACAAGACGAGCUCAUUCACCUCGCUCGUUAUCAUGCUGCACCGGAGGGAGGGUUACACUCAGGUCCGCGUCAACAAAGGAGACGUUAAUUUAAAUUUAAGCGAGACAGUCCAGCGUCCGUUGGAUCAAUAGCGGCAGUAACGCUCUCUGUCGCCUGGUAGGAAAGGAAGCGAGAAUAAUUUCAUUUAAAAGGACAUCAUCUGGUAUUAGGGUCCCGGAGUUGUGACCAAACUCACAGCUGGAAGAUGGCAACAACAAAAGCCAAGGCUGGACUGAACAAUGGAGGCAGUCCUUAUCGAGAGACCAACGUUAGCAGGACAGAAGCGAGCAGUCCAGCGUUAUCUGCUGGAGGAGCAGCGCCCUUAUCAGUGGCCAACAAUAGCCGGACUUAUUCUCUGGAUGACUUUGACACGGUGGCCACCGUUGGUACAGGAACGUUUGGCAGAGUUUUUCUGGUGAAGGACAAGAAGACGAGGGGUUUCUUUGCCCUGAAAGCCAUGAAGAUUCCAGAUGUGAUCCGAUUAAAGCAGGAGCAGCACGUUCAUAAUGAGAAGGAAGUUCUAACGGAGGUGAACCAUCCCUUCCUCAUCACGCUGUUUUGGACUCACCAUGACGAACGCUUCCUGUACAUGCUGAUGGACUACGUACCAGGCGGUGAGCUGUUCAGCUACCUGCGCAGCCGUGGCCGAUUCAGCAACAGCACAGGCCUCUUCUACUCUGCAGAAAUAGUGUGUGCAAUUGAGUACCUGCACUCCAAAGAGAUCGUCUACAGGGACCUGAAACCCGAGAACAUUUUGCUGGACAGUGAAGGACACAUCCGCCUCACAGACUUCGGCUUUGCCAAGAAACUCUCAGAUCGGACAUGGACACUCUGUGGUACUCCUGAGUACUUGGCUCCAGAGGUCAUCCAGAGUAAAGGUCAUGGUCGGGCUGUGGACUGGUGGGCUCUGGGGGUCCUCAUCUUUGAGAUGCUUGCUGGGUACCCACCGUUUUUCGAUGACAACCCUUUUGGCAUCUAUCAGAAAAUCCUGGCAGGAAAGCUGGAGUUUCCACGGCAUCUGGAUUUCUACGUAAAGGAUCUCAUCAAGAAAUUUCUGGUAAUUGACCGGGCAAGAAGACUUGGGAACAUGAAGAAUGGAGCAGAAGACGUGAAAAAGCACAGGUGGUUCAAGUCUGUAGAUUGGGAGGCAGUUCCGAAUAGAAGACUCAAGCCACCCAUAAUUCCUAAGGUGUCUCACGAAGGUGACACAUCUAACUUUGACACCUACCCUGAAGACGAAUGGAAGAAGGACACUCCGGUGCCGCCAAAGGAUCUAGAGAUUUUCAAGAAUUUCUGAAAGAACUUUUUAAAUGGAAAAACGUAAGGAAGAAAAAAGUGGCUGUCAGAAUAGGACAUCCAUUUAUUCGUUCCUAAAUGGGGGCCAGUCUGUGCCUGUGCUUCUCUCCCCUCUGGACUGAUGUUAUGGAGAAAGAUCUGAGAUCGUGUUUGAGGUAGUAACCAUCAUCAUGAAGAUCAACUGUAUAGAGAAGAAAACUCCAUUCCCUUUACUUCUAUUUCUUGGGGCCUACUUUUCUUAUGCAAAAAUGGAUCCUGCACCAAAAAUGACUUUUUGUUUUUGUAACGUGCAUAUCUGCAAUAAUGUUUGUUUUUUUUAUGGUUCCUUUUGCUGGAUCAAUACAACAUCUUUGAUUACCUCAGAAAAGUGGAUUUAUGUUCCUCGGUACCCAGGAGACUUUAUGUUUUUAUGUUGCUGCAAAGCCGAGAAGAGCACACUACAAACUAGCAGUCUGAUGUCAUUUAUUUAUUGAUAAGCUAUCUGGAAUUUAAAGGUUGGGACAUGGAGCGUGUUGUAUAAGUUGAUAUGAAGUCAUGUAGUCAUAGAUGCCUCCAGUGUCUCAGACCAAAAGCCAGAAAACCCAAAGCGUUACAUGUUAAAUGUUACUUUGAGUACAGGUCUCAGACUGUUCGUUACAGGUAAUUAUUUGCUCUUAAGUAAUUAAAGGCUUUGUCACUAUGGGCAUGGAACCUUACUAGAGGUAACUGUACCAAAUCUGCCUCAGCUUUCAAACAAAUGGUCAAGGAUUGAGGAUUUUAAUUUGAGUUUAAAAUAAGUUGUGACUUGGUGCUUUAAGAUACACGAUAACUGGAAUCUUGAACACAAACUUUGUUUACCUUGAGGUUUUCUGCACCCUUAGGCUUUCUAACCUUCUAGUCAUAAAGUUGUGUCCUUGUCAUGUCCUACUGUAAAUACUUUCUAAUCAACCUUGAGUGCAUGUACGUAAAUGAACUUUCAGCACUUGCCUAAGGUGGCCUUAUAUUAGGAUGUGUAAAUCGUCUUUUUAAAAAACAUGGUACUGGUGUGUUUAAAGCAAUUGGUGCAGUCAAAGUGUUUUUACAGGAUAUAUCAAAGGACAAAAGACAGAUCAUGUCUGCUGAAGUUUACGCUUCAUAUUUAUUAAUCUGCUUUUGGAUCCAGUUUUGGAAAGUCAUAACUGUGACAGCUACAACGUGCAAAAAUUAUGCAAAUUCUUGUUUUAGCUGCAGGUAAGAACUUUGUUAAUGCGCUGUCAAUUUCAGAAGUGUAGCAAUAUGAGGCAAAACAAUUACAAAACUUACAAUAUAAUACCUUUGAAAAAAAAAAUAGUUCCCAUGCACUUAUGAAGAUCAUUAUUAAUAUGUUUUGCAUGAUAUAGGGGGGCUGGAACUGCAGCAAAAAAAAUAAUUUAAUUUCAUGUUUUUAAAAAAAGCAUUUGUUGUCUCGAGUCCCAGUCACACUAGCUUUUUGCCAGCGAAAUUUUGUGAACAAAAGUGCAUUAAUUUUAAUAGAGUUCACAGACAUGAGCAGUUUUGCAUUGCAGACUUCUGUAGUGAAUAAAUUUUGCAUGUAAAACUUGGCAUCAAGUUCAACUUUGGUGAACUUUCACAUGCCCUCAACCAGUUGUGCUACUGCUUUGGCUACAGGAAGGGGCUUCAUGUAGCAGUGAUGAAGAUCCAAAAUGGAAGAAAUGCUUUUUAACGUUUCUUGUCUAUGGGCUAUAAAUAAACACGUAAAAGAGAGAGUCACUCAGGAGACUGUAUGAGGUAGUAUUGUGCUUUUACAUUUUACAGUUGGCAAGAUAGCCAGCUUGGUAGCUGCUAGGUUAGCUGCUAGGCUAAGUGCUGCUGCACAUACCUGUCACCCCAAGGUCGCCAACCAUGUUAGUUGU